AUGAGUUGGGAGGAUUAUAAAGAUGGCUUUGGUUCAUAUGAUGCUUAUGAUGAUGGUUUUGGUUCAUAUGAUGCUUAUGAAGAUGGGUUUACUUUAGCUUAUGAUGAUGACAAUGAUUAUGAGUUUAAUGAGUUUGGUCCACAAGAUGAUUCUGAAUACCAUGCUUCUGGUUCACCAGGUUUAGUACAUGAUGAUUUUCAUGAUGAGUUUGUUCCACAAUAUGAACAUCAUGCUUCUGGUUCACAAGAUGGUUCCUUUACUGGCUCAGGUUUACCAGAAGAUGAUUAUGAUGAUGGUAAGUUCGGUUCACAAGAUUAUUCUGAUAAUGGGUGUGGUUUAGUUUAUGAUUCUGAAGAUGGGUCUGGUUCAGUUUAUGAUUCUGAAGAUGGAUCUGGUUCAGUUUAUGAUUCUGAAGAUAGGUUUAGUUUACAAGGCCAUUGUGAAGAUGGGUUUGGCUCAGUUUAUGGUUCUGAUGAUGGGUUUAGUUCAGAAGAUGAUUCUGAUCCUGACUGGUUUGGUUUAGUUGAUUAUUAUGAUUAUGAUAAUGAUGAGUUUAGUUUACAUAAUGAAAGUUUUGGAAGUCAUGAAGCCAAAUGGAUAAAACAUUAUUGUAACACUCAGGAUAUUUUGCUUGUGGGAGAGGGAGAUUUUUCAUUUGCUACUUGUUUGGCCAAUUGCUUUGGCUCUGCCACAAAUAUGGUUGCCACUUCUCUUGAUUCAUCUGAUUUUAUAGUUAGAAAUUAUGGGUCUGGCCGGGAAAAUGUUGAGAGUUUGAGAGAUAGUGGGUGCAAAGUGAUACAUGAAGUAGAUGCAGAAACAAUGGUGGAUCAUGAGGAGAUUGGAUCGAUGUCUUUUGACAGAAUUGUGUUCAACUUUCCUCAUGCAGGCUUUAAAAAGUCGGAAUCUCGACAGUCCCAAAUCCAGCGACACACAGGUUUGGUGAGAAACUUCUUUAAAAAUGCUGAGAGAUUACUGUCAAAUGGUGGUGAAGUCCAUGUGGUUCACAAGACAAAUGGGUUUUUUAAAGAGUGGAGGAUUGAAGAGUUGGCUGCACAAAGCGGACUUCAACUUUUAGAGAAGUCACAAUUUAGAUUAGAGGACUAUCCUGGUUAUCAUACCAAGUAUGGCUUUGGAGGCAACAAGGAUUUUAACUGCUAUCCAAGCAUGACUUACAAGUUUGGCCGCCCCACCUGCUAAAAGAAAUGGUUCAAUCACUUCAACUUGUGGAGCUUAUUGUUUUGUUUUAUAGGUGUUUCAGGUUGGAUUAUGUUAUGCACCAAUAAUAUUUUGGUUCUAGUUAACGAAAAUAUGCCAUAUAUUUGUGCCACUGUUGACUCCAAGUAUGUUGUUCAUACCCAAUUGGGUUUAUAUAUA